AUACACCAUCAAAUACACAGACACACACUUAUUACUGCGCAAUACUCUCGUCUCGAUCUAUUCUAUUCUAUCCUAUUCGUAUAGAAUGACAGUUUUGUCACGUAAAAGCAUAUGUAAAUAAGAUGUAUAUCGCUUUAAAUUACUUGAAAUAACGUAUCAAAUUCAUUCUUAAUUCUUAAUCUGACAUGUACUGGACUUUACGAUAGGAGUAUUAAAAGUUAUUACAACAUUCGGCAAUUGCUAAUGAAACAAUCGUAAAUAUAACAUAUAUGCGUUUCACGUAUAAUAUAAUUAUACAAUUUGAUACAAUUUGUUUUUUGUUUAAAAGUUGAGUUGUAUGAUGUUAGCAUAUUCUUUAUAAUCCAUGGGUGUUUUUAGAACAUGUUUAAUAUCGAAACAUAAAUAUUUCCAAUUACAUUAUGUUGGUGUUGUAUGCCAAAUAAAAACCACAUUUUUAAUUAUGGAGGUUAUUAAUAUUGAUUAAAUCGCAUAUGUGUGUAUGGUUAUACGAAUAUUAGGUAUACGUAGAACUGCUUAAUAAAUUUAUGCAGCAAAAGCUCGAUCGAUGGCAUUAUGGAGAAGUUUGUGAUUGACUUGGAUAAAGUUCUCAAUGAUUUUGAAUUCAACGAAGAUUGUGCGGAACAAGUAGCAUCAGUAGCAACUUCUACAAUUAAUGCAUCUACGGAUAAGCAUGCUAUUGAAUCUGUGCCUCCAAAAAUAUACAAUAUUAAUCCUGGAAAAAGCAUAGCGAUUGAUACAAUGCCAUCUCUUGACAAACACAGAGACACUCGACCAAUAGAUGUUGAUUGCAGAUAUUUAUUAACUGAAAAGGGUGUAGCAGACAGUAAAGAUUCUAUAAACAAUUUUUACACGCAUGAUUGUGUCAGUGAUAAAUCAGGACAGAAAUCAUGCGUUCAUACUCAUACUCUUGAUCAAAUGUCUUUGACAAUAUACAAUGACAUAUCGUGCAAUGUAAUACAGAAACAGCAGAAUGGAAGUAAUGAUUCAAAGGAUAGCAAUAGAUAUGAUAAAAAAUUAAAUCAACCAAGUUUCAAGCCUAGUAUUAGCAAUGUUUUUAAUAGUUUAAAUGAAUAUAUCAAUGCUCCUACUGGAAGCUUAAGUUAUGUUCAGCCUAUGUUAGAUGAUCUACCUAAAAUGUCCAUAGAUAAUAUAAUGGAGAAAGAUCUUAUAUUGAGUAAAGAUGUAGCAACCACUAAUAAACAUUCAGUUUCAAAGAAAAAAGAUUUAAUAGAUGUAACUGAUAAAAAUGUCUUAGAUUAUAAAAAUAUCUUACCAGUGGAAGCAAGUACAUUUGUCGAAGUUGAAGUUGGAAACAAACAAGAUAAUGCAAUGCAGAAUGUUAUAUCACAAAAUUCUACUCUGAUACAAUCAGAAAAAAGUAGUAGCAUUACAAUCUUUGUACCGAGCACAACUGUUUCAAAAAACGAACAUGGUAGUAUUAUCACAGGUACAGAAAUGUUUAAAACUGAUGUUAAUGAGAAAGCUUUGGUUAAUGAUGGAAUGUUUAAAGAAGUUUAUGGAAGUAUUGCUAAUGAACAUAAGCAUUUAGAUUUAAAGGAUCAAAAUUUCAUUGAUAAAUGUGUAUUUAUCGAAAAUAAGGGAAGCAAUUCUGUAUUUGAAAAUACUACCAAACUAGAUACGAGUAUAAUAAACAGUAAAGAUCAUAAUGAAAAUGCACAAACGAUUAAAAGCUGCAACAUCUUAUCCAAUAUGUUACAUAAAAUUGAUACUAGUGAUGACUUUUCCGAGGAAAACUUAAAUCAGUAUUUGUUAGAGUUGGAAAAAGAAGAAAAAUCUAAAAUGGAAGAUAUAUCACAUUCGGAUGAUAUUUGGUCGCUAAAAACACAUGACGAAGUAAAAGAUGGUAAAGAAAAUAUUGCAAGUCAGUGUCUUCAAGAUGAUAUUAAUGAAGCACCGAUAGUUGAGAAAAUUAUGAUUGGUGAACUUCAGAAAAUAUCUGAAGAAGAUAUUCAGGAGAAAGUAAAAGAAUUUCCUGUAAUUGAUUAUAUAGAUGCACAUAAUGAAAAUAUAACAGAUGUAGAAUGUAAUGAUGCAAUAAAAAUUGUUUUUAAUGAAAAAAGUAAUUCAGACAGACAAAAUAAUGAGCUGGAUAAAAUAAUAAAAGAUAAGGAUGUAAUUGAGACAAUUGAUCAAGAUAUAGUUAUACCAGAGGAUACCUUGCAGUCUGUAUCAACUAUUGCUGUUGAAGUCACAUCAAAAUUUGAAAAUGUUAGAGAACAGGAUAAUCAACAGAAUAAUAUCAAUACGGCACCGAAAUUACAAGAUAUUAAUGAAGAUACGCGAUUACAGGAUAACAAUAAUGUUGUAGAAAAUUUUUCACAAAAUAAAGAUUAUAAUGAGAGAGUAUACCACCAAGAUAUUACUAAGGAUAGUAAAGCUGUUAUUCCAUUAAAUGAUAACAGAAUACACGAUAGUGGUUUGGUUUCUAAGAUGGAAAUUGCUGAAAUUACUGAUGCUUGUACAAUCUCUUAUAUAAAUGAAAAUAAUCAAGAAAUCGGAAAACCAGUUCGUCCUCAGACAUUGGAUAUUAUUUCGACACAUAAUAAAAACGACUGCCAUACUCUUGGAUCAUUAAGUACUACACCAGGAGAACUGCGACAUUCAGAAACCGAAGGCAUUAUUGAUGAAGAUCGUGGUGCUUCGUCAGAUGUUUCUGAUAAUUCCUUAGUCGAAUGUAAUACCAUAUUGGGAAAGCAACCUCCGUUUUGGGUUCCAGAUAGUGAUGCAUCUAGUUGUAUGUUAUGCGAUAUUAAAUUUACUGUACUUAAAAGACGUCACCAUUGUCGGGCUUGUGGUAAGGUGUUAUGUAACAAAUGUUGCAAUAUGAAAUACAGAUUGGAAUAUCAGGGAAACAUCGAUUCCCGCGUUUGCGUCCCGUGUUAUCAUUUACUCACAAAAGCUGAGAACGGGCAGGGAACUAGUUAUAAUUGGUCAACUAGUUAUAGUUUAUAUGCAGAUUCUAGUGAUGUCAAUUCUUCACAGGAAAGACAGCCUAAUCCAAAUAAUCCCAUGGAGUACUGCUCAACUAUACCACCUUUACAACAGUUAAUCGGCGGUUUACCGCCACCACCAACAGUGAUGGUACCUGUGGGCGUUCUAAAGAGAGAGGGUUCAAAACAUCGUACAGAAGGACAAAAAUCUGUAAUGUUCAGUGACGGAAUAAGGCCUGGCUGUGACCUGACAGAGCUAGACACGUGUUGGGACCCGAAGCCAUCGUAUCGUAAACAAGGAAUCAAACGGAUUUUUGCGUCGGAAUCCACGUUGACAGACACCGCUACGAGGAAACAGAGUCAUCCUCUUCUAGACAAUACGACUAACAGUUAUAUACCGCAUGAUCAUAAUUUAUUGCCCCCGAACGUCACUAUACACAAAGGCCAAAUUACGUAUCAUCCACCCAUAGAUGAAAGCGUACUUUAUAAGACGCUAAAAAAUGAAUGCGAAUCACCGGUAAUGUUCGCGAUUAAUCGGAAUCUCUAUGCGUAUGUGAAAAUAAUUAAUUUAAACUGCUGUGUAAACAAGGUCUGCUGGAAUGUGACAUCAAGAGGUCUUGCUUGCGUUGGCCAAGACGAAGUUAUUUUAUUAGUCGAGAUUUUACCGGAUGAAACGCGAAUUCCAAAGGAUGUUCUCAUAUAUAUUAAUCAACUAUAUCUCGAAGCUAUUAAAGGUAAUACAAUAACGGAACUUGGAUUUUCGGUAUAUCAAGGUAGUAACCUGUUGGGUUCACGCGAGCAUUCGGGAUUUCUUUUUAUUCGUCAAACAUUACAAUGUUUACAAAAAAUUAUUUUACCACCUGCACCUUUCCUAAUUGGACUCUUGAUUCAUAGAUGGGAAACUCCAUGGGCUAAAGUAUUUCCAUUAAGACUUCUUCUACGUCUUGGUGCGGAAUAUCGUUAUUAUCCUUGCCCAUUGGUGUCUGUUCGUUUCCGGGAUGCGUUAUACUUCGAAAUUGGGCAUACCGUCAUGAAAGUAUUAGCGGAUUUUAGAAAUUUUGGAUAUACUUUACCUGGAGUAAGAGGUUUAACAAUUCAUCUCAAGAAUCGAACGACGGACGUUAUGUUUCCUAGAAAUCGAUAUGACCAAGUUAUAAAAGGACUUUAUAACUCGAAUGAUCAUGUAUUGGCUUAUGCUUCAAAUUUUAGUAUAGCCGCUGAUUCACAUUUGGUUUGUAUACAAACAAAUACUGGCGAUGAAAGCAAUUAUCAAACGCAAGCGAUAAAUAUUCACAACAAACCGAGAACAGUAACCGGUGCUAGUUUUAUUGUCAUCAAUGGUGCUCUGAAAUCAUCAAUGGGACUUUCUGCCAAGUCCAGUAUUGUAGAGGAUGGGUUAAUGGUAGAAAUAAUGCCAGAAAAAAUGGAAGCUUUGAAAGCUGCUCUUAAAAAUAUGCAAGAUUUUUCAAUUGGUUGCGGACGUCAGGGAGCACCGGAACCGGACGAGACUGUGAAUAUAAAGUGGGUCGAUAACGAUGUGCUGUUUAACUUGGGAGUCAAAAGUCCCAUUGAUGGACAAUUAAUGGACGGUGUACCAUCUAUUAGAGUACAUAAUGGCACCGAUUAUAAAGGUGCAACCCGAUUUAUACGUUGGACAGAAGUAUUUAUUAUAAAAUCGGAUGAUCAUUCGAAUGGCGUGAAUGAUCCUGUGGAUAUAAAUAAACUAUCUGGAAAUAUAGCAAAAGCAACAUGUGCGGCAUUAGUUAAACUGUUGGAUCUUCUAGCGACAGCAGGUUUAACGAAGCUUGGAGUGCGAGCAACUAUUCAUUCAGACAACGUGGGCUAUGAAGCUGGAAGCGAAGGUAUAAAAUUGCCGCCUAUUUAUAUGAAGAGCUUAGAUAAUGAAUUAAUUCAAGUUUUGCAUAAAGCUGCACAAAAUAGUCAGGAUGCGCAUACAGUGCUUGAGUUGAUAUUCUAUGUACUUGAAGAUUGAAAAGAUUUCGAUGUCCUGCACUCUCAUUGAGCUUAAUUUCUAACUUGUCGAUAUAGUAUGACAAUUAAAAUGCAGCAAAAAUCGACCAUUGUUUGCUAUUAUAUCGUGACAACAGAUAUGUAGCAAACAAAAUCCACCAUAUCGAACACUGACGGCAGAAAUGCAACAAAAAUCAUGAUUUGCUGUCAUAUGUCAUAAUGAAGGAAUGUGAAAGGAAAAAUAAAGCCCAAGUUAAAGUCUUUCAAUGCAAAUGCAAAAGAAUGUGUAUUACUGUUAGCAAGCGAAGAAACAAUAAAACGUAAACUGUAAUUAUGUAAAUAACAUGUGUAGCAACGCCCAUGCCGCUGAGAUCGAAGUGCCGUUUAGCGGUCUGCGAAGGAAAUGAUUCGAACUGUACUAAGCGUUACUUAUUCCAACACAUAAUAAGAAAUGUAUGCAGUGCGAUCAAAUGCUGACAAUAGAAGCAUAGUAGAAAUUAAGCACGAUCUGCCACCAUGAUGUGAUGGCAAAAACACAAGGAUAGAAUGAUGAUCUACUAUCUACUUUAUUAGUUGUUGAAGGCAGAAAGUUAGCAAAAAACGAACAGACGUCACGACACGACAAAAUGCGGUCAAGAUACAUCUGAUAAAACAAAAUACAAUUAUUAAUUAUAUUGAUAUAAAUAUAACAAAACUGAAUAUUAUAAAUAUUAUUGCAUAUAUGUUACUGGUAAGUCGCUAAUUACGUGUAAUUUUUCAAUCGUAAAAUAAUAAUAUCGCAUAAUAAUAUGCGCGUACGUGCGUGCGUGCAUGCGUGCGUGCGUGCGUGUGUGUGUGUGUGUGUGUAAAAUAGUAAUAUAUAGUAAUAUAUGUUAUUAUAGUAGUAUAUGGUCCCCAGAGCACCAAAUCUACCCCAAGAGCAUAUAUCACAAAUGUGUGCUACAUUUAUUAUGUUGAUAAAAUUCUGACAAUAGCUGAACAUAAUUCAUCAUUUUAAAUAAUGUCAGUAGAAACGCAGCAGAAAAUCGCUGCAAUCCCUGCUCGUCAAUCCUCAUGAUAUAAGAAAUGUUGCAAAAAUUAAGCAGAAGCUUUUGGCACAAAACAGUAGAAUUUAAACAUUGGUAUGUUUGCACGAACUCUAUAUUUCAUUUUCGAAUAAAUUAUUAGUUAUUUAAAAAA